AUGCGCCGUAUAGCUUCAGCUCAAAGCUUACUGCAAUUCCUCGCCCUGCAGUCCUCUGUCCUUGCUGUAGUCCAGGCGCGAACGUGCUAUUACACCAACGGGGAGAAAACAGACUCGAGCUUUCAACCAUGCUUCCCUGAUCAGGAGGAAAGUGCCUGUUGCGCCAUCGCGAAAAGUAACGAGGUGCCCAACGAUAUAUGUCUCACCGGAGGCGCUUGUUAUGUUCAGAGUUCAUAUUACAGGGGCCUUUUGAGACAGGGCGCCUGUACCGACUCGACGUGGAAAAGUGGCCUGUGUCCUAGUAUGAACCGUGCAGCCUCCGAUGCCACACCAUACAUCAAACCCUGUCCGCUCCAGGGCUACGGAUUCUGGUGCGCCAGUAACGGGACCGACUGCUGCCGCGAUGCUGCGAGGCUAGACAUGGGAGAGAUGUUAAAUGUGACCGUCACGCCGUUAUCGGGAUCGACGUCCGCCUCCCUCCCAUCCGCCACCGUGUCCGAUAUUCCAGAAUCUACAGCAUCAGCGACGUGCUCUCCGGAAGCAAACCCUUCCGAGUCCAAGAAGACCACGGCGGUCGCAGCCGGGUUAGGGGCAGGACUGGGCACAUGCCUGCUCAUUGCAUUGGGCACAAUCUUCAUGCAACGGCGAAUUUACACGAAGAACAUGCGAAACAAGGACGUGAUAAUCAUGUCGCAGGGCUCGGCAGCUGUACAGCAGUAUGAAGCUGGUCCAGUUGGUUCUGAAAGACGUAGAAUGGCUUUCCCCGCGGAGUUGGGGCAGGAGCCGAGGGUCUACGAGGUCGCGGGGAAUCAUUAA